UGAUGGUUUGGGCAGGUGGUUGUGUGUUUGUAUGUGAUAAGUUCAUUUUUUUUUUUCCCGAACAGUAGUGUUGUGGUUAAAGUGAUUGCUCUGUAUAACGGCGGCCUGCAGUAGUAAUGUUUUGACUGACCCAUAACUCAGCGGUCAAUGUCAUUGAGUGUUUGAAAACAAUAGAAAAAUGAAUAAAGCUAUAUGUUCAGCAGAAGUCAAAUGGCAAUUUGUAUCGUAGUCGUGUGAUGACAGUAUAUAAAUAUUUUUUUUGCGAAAUUUCAUGAAAUAUAAAAGCAGAAUGGAUGCGAAUUUGAGCAAAUUGAAUCACUUGCGCAUCAGUGACAAUACGAUUAGCGCCCCUCAAGAAAUUGACAGAAGCACUCAUAGGGUUGUGGCAUCGGAGUCUGGUUAUGGACGUAUUGUGCCAAAGUCGGUCGACAGUCAAGGGAAGUCCCUGUCUAGUUCGGCAAUGUGUGGUGUUGGUGUUUCUGGAACGCCUGCCGGCUAUGAAGUGAUGACAUCGGGAUCAAGAUCUCUUCCUUCUAGUUCUGUGGCGUCGCCAAUCAAGAGUGCUGGACGUCACCAUGACGCUGGUAAACAACGUUCUGUCGGUGCCAUAGAAAGUUUUGUUGUUGAAGGCUCUGGGAAUACAAAUGUUAAGGCACAGCCAACAGACUAUAAAAUAUAUGAAAGAGGCAACAUCAUUGCAGCAUCAAAAUUUGCAACUCCAAAACAGGUUGAAACAAUAGCCUCACUCUCAGGUACCAAGACAGAAACUUCGGCUCCCAUGCGAACUCCCCAGAGUACUGAUAAUUCUCCAUCUGAUUCUUGCAAGUAUUAUGCAACUAAUAAAUUGACUAAUAGCCCAACCCAUAGUCAUAGUGGUUCCAGUAAAGAUUCACAACAGUCAAACAGCCCUCGCAGUAGCAUGGUAUGCCCUGGACAAGGAUUCGCUAAUGUGUCCACACCUUUGUAUGAAAAUUUGGAAUACUACACUUCUGGCCGGAAUGUGCCAGCAGGACCUUAUUACCAUCAGAUGUCUCCACACAUAGGAAGUUCUCAUUCCAGUUUUGGCUCUCAGGACUCGAAGCAUUCCAGCCCAAGGGCUAGUAUAGCCGAAGGUGUUUUACAGUAUGAAUCAAAUUACCGAAAAGCCCAACCCCAGGUUCCAACUGGUGGUAGGUAUGCAUCUCUUUCUGGAGUGUCAAAUAAGGAGUAUCCUCCCUAUGAAGCACCCCCAGUUUAUGAGAAUAUCCAAGACCUCGGUCUGUCAAAUGCACCUUCAUUAAGUAAAUCUGCUUUAAAUUAUGAACCAGCAAAGCCAGGGCCUCAAGUGGCAGUUUCUGCAGAUCAGAGAUUGCAUGGGAACCCUUCAACAAAACAUUCCUUGAACUUUGUUCCUCCUAUGACAGUUGCAAGGCCAGGAGCAACUAGUCCAGCAACAUCACAACCCGUUUCACCUAGAACGAACAAUCUCCCUCCACCACCACCAUACCCUGGUAGUGCAGCAUCUAAUGUGGGUGGUGCCAUGACCUCAAAUUCUCCAGCAGGUCAAUCGCAGCUGUCAAGUAAUGCCAAUGUUCCACCUUAUUCCAGCAAUUCAUCGGAGGGUUCUCAUAACAAUCGUGCCAGUAUUCCUUCUCGAAACUAUGGAAGUAAUGCUGCUAAUGCUCCACUAUCUUCAGGUGAAGCAAUUCGUACUAUGUCACCAAACACAACGUAUGUCCCUGCAACAUCAAACAUUCCAUUAGGUGUUCCAUCAGCAUUGAAAUCUAAUUUGAAAAAUCAUACUGGAAAUUCUUAUUCUGCAACUAGCAAACCAAAUGUAAAUGGUAACGGUGAUUACGUUGUAAUGACUGGGAACAGUGGUCAGGUGGCACCGGUACAGCUUGCAACUAGUUAUCAGAGGGGCACGUCAUCUGGUGUUGCGAAUGCAGUAUAUGUCAGUAUGGGACCCUCACCACCAGCUGAAGUUCAGUCUUCAGGCCUACAGAAGCAGCAGAGUAAUUCACCAGCAACAAAUAAAACAAAACCACUGAUGGGAAAGACACUUUUGCCUUACAGUGUCACACCACCACGACCAAUGGGUCCAACAGAAGCUGAGAAGAAAAUUGAAGAGUUGACCCGCCAGUUAGAGGAAGAGAUGGAGAAGCAAGAAGAAGAAGGGGAGUAUUUUGGUAUAUGUCACACAUGUGGUGAAAAAGUAACUGGAGCAGGCCAAGCAUGCCAAGCCAUGGGCAACCUGUACCACACAAACUGUUUCAUUUGUUGCUCAUGUGGUCGUGCUCUUAGAGGGAAAGCAUUCUACAAUGUUCACGGACGUGUUUAUUGUGAAGAAGAUUACUUGUACUCGGGCUUCCAACAGACAGCUGAAAAAUGUGCUAUCUGUGGUCAUUUAAUAAUGGAGAUGAUCCUGCAGGCUAUGGGAAAAUCAUAUCAUCCUGGCUGCUUCAGAUGCUGCAUCUGCAAUGAGUGUUUGGAUGGUGUUCCAUUUACAGUGGAUGUUGAUAACAAGAUAUAUUGUGUUAAUGACUACCACAGGAUGUUUGCUCCCAAAUGUGCGGCAUGUGGGAAAGGAAUAACGCCUGUUGAGGGUACAGAAGAGACAGUAAGGGUUGUGUCUAUGGAUAAGGAUUUCCAUGUUGAUUGUUACAUAUGCGAGGAUUGUGGUAUGCAGCUUACAGAUGAGCCAGAUAAACGUUGUUACCCACUGGAUGGUCACUUGAUGUGCAAGUCGUGUCAUAUUCAGCGCUUAAGUCACCAACCAAGGCAACUUCAGGGAGUUCCAGCAAGUUAUCAGUAUCUGGGUUAAAGUACACACUGUGUACCCAUUUUAUGGAAUGUUGAUUUUACAUCCAAUUUCGUUCAGUCUGAUGCAGAAGAAAAGCACAGCUGCCCAGAUAUUUCGUUGUACGAUAGCUACGUGGCUAAGUAUAAGUGUUACACUUUUUGUGAAAAUAUUCUGUUAAAAUAUGUUUAGUGUAAAACUUGGACAGAACCUGAGUCUAGAGUGCUCUAAAAAUGAACCAGUUUUUUUAAAAUUAUGUAAUAUGCGUGUGUGUGUGUGUGUGUGUGUGUUUUCAACUCCUUUUGUCAGAGAUUGUAUUGCACAAGGGAGGAUUAGUGAAGUUCCUCCAGUAAGUCAUACCAUUGGGUGACCUACAGCUCACUCUUUCAGACUACAAUAAAUUAUGCAUUAAACUACUACUACUACUACCGAUGUACCUAUAAUCAUUACUUAUCUUAGGACAUUCAGAUAGCCUGUACUGAUGCAUAAAAGGCCCUAUGAUUAUAGUCAUUUAUGUAACAUUCCUUAUCCAGUUAUCUACAAUACAUGUGCAUAGAUUUUUUAGACCAUCAUGUAAAUAAACAGAUUUGUCAGGGAUCUUACAAUUAGUUGAGCAUCAGGCAGAUCUGUGGGAAGUAGCUGGCAACAGCACGGUAAAGACACAUGUGAUAUAACCUACACCAGCUGAGGUUGCAUCAUCACUGAUUUUGCGGGAUACAGUUUUGAAGAAGUGACAGGUAUUAGAUUACAUUACUUGGACAUUUGUAGUUUCCACUUUUUUUUCCCCAUCAUGGAAAAACUGUUUCAGCAUGGGAUACAGUUCUCGCUGUAGAUGCUAUAGUUAUAGGCUUCAGCAUUUACUUGUUUCAACCUAGCAAUACACAUUUUCUUUCAUACUGCUGUUCCUUAUCGUGUCUGGUAUGAAUAUUCUAAAGUUUGCAGGAGCACUACCAGCCUUGAUUUAUACAUCAAUAUUGGUGUGGAAAAUUACUCUUUCACACUUCAGGAAGUAGUACCACAUAGUGUUAAGACCAUUCAAUUGUCUGGCAAAUUUAAAUACAAUCAGUACAGUAAAAAAUUUUGGCAUUUACAAAUUAAAAAGACUGCCCUGUACCCCAUAAUAGAUAAGGUUUUCAUAUUGUUGUGUAAGGAAUGAGAAAGGGAAUGUUUACUUUUACUGUAAUAAACACAUGUAGAAUCUAAUUCACUGUAGUCUGCUAUAGCAAGUAAGGCUGAUUAAAAUUUUUGCUUAAUGCAGCUACAGAGUAUGUUCUACCAUGAAGUUUUAAAGAAAUUGUUGGUCUGUUAAAAGAAAAAAAACUGCCUAUGUCUGUACAAUUAUUGAAAACACUAGACUCAGUAUAUAAACAUGCUGUAGAAUAAAUAACUUUACAUAGCACAUAAUGUCCUUUCUGUGAUAUGCAUAAGCAGGUUCUAUGUUUCUGAAUUAGAAAAUAUAUGUAUUUGGUUGUGACACACAACUUUAUAAAGAUUAAACAAUGUAAGGCAAUUAAGCAGACCAUUUAUGCGUCAAUCUCGAAGGGAAGAGCUUUAAGUUAUCUGUUCAUUCCAUGAUACACAGAUGCAUAGAUGGUUCAUAUGUGUACAAGAUGGAAAUGGCUUUAUAUUUUUUGUAUAAAAUAUAAUUACUUGAAAAUAAAGUGAAUUUAUUUAAACACCA